UCCUCCCCCAUUAAAACUGCAGAGAUGAGAAGUCAGCAGUAGUGUAUCUGCACAUGGGAAGCAGUCCAGGGAUAGAAAGAGGAGGAGAGGUGACAGGAGAGAAGAGGGGAGAAGGUGGGGGGAGUACAGACACCCUACACUGUACUAACACAAGCAGCUUAUCAUCACGGCUCUUCCCUGGCAUUUCGUUUCUCAACUUCUUUACUCCCCUGAUAGAAAAUGCCUGCGGGACCCCCGUGGGAACGUGAAUUAUUCCCCUGUAUACGUCAGUCAUGGCUCAUUGUGACCCUAGCUGCGUUACUUGUCCAUACCUGCGUCUCAUUAGAAGUCAGUGUAGGAAAAAACCCUCAGAUAAAAGCUCGGAAUGGAACAGACGUCUCCCUGCCUUGCGUAUUUAUGACCUGCAUUGGGUUUGAGGAUGUUACCUUCUAUUGGGAAUAUAGGACAUUCAAUCUGUCAUCACCUCCAGAAUUACUGUAUCAUGGCACACUAAAGAACAAGAAAUCUUUGCCUAAACCUGUGGAAAUUCCAAAUAAAAGUUAUCGUCAUGAUCGAAUACAACUUUUUCCUAGCAAUGAAACCAAGGAUUAUAAUUUAACAUUAGUCCUUAGAGAUGUGGAAUUUGAUGACUCAGGACGGUACAUAUGUUAUGUGAAAAAUAAAAAAGAGAAAGACGCUAAGAGCAAUGCUACGGUCUACCUUACUGUGGUGGACAAGUUUGAGGUUGUGGAUAACACGUUGACUCUGAUUAUUGUGUCUGUCGUUGGUGGUGUCAUCGGGCUUCUUAUAUUAAUCCUCAUCAUAAAGAAGACAGUCUGCUUCAUUAUGAAGAAAAAUCAAGACAAAAAGAAAGACUGCCUGGUUAGUUCUUCAGUCAAUGACAACACAGAUAAUGCCUCAAAGCAGGAAGCCAAAGCUAAACCAAAAGCAUGAUGUUUGCACUAUUUCAUGGACAGUAAUGGACUGUGGAUCCCUGGUAUUGCAGGAUCAUUUCUCAAGUGGAGAGCAUCCUGUGGAAUGAGGUUUAUCACUUUAUCCACUACAUAUGUUAUUCUCUUGCACUGCACAGUUAUUAUGUUGCCUCCUCUUUUGCCUUAGUUUAGGUGCUGUAAAUGCCUAUGUAUAACACCGUGUAAUUUAUCAAGGUGAAUGUGUUGCUGUUAGAGUAACAGGGUCCUUACAUGAUCCUUUUUGUCUUUCUUAAAGGGGUACUCCACUGCCCCAGCGGUUGGAAUUCCCCCCCCCCCCCCCCCCCAAAUGCUGGUGGGUGCAGG